AAUCUCCUCCACCCUGUCCUUGCAGAUCUGAUGCCUUCUUUCAUCCGCCAUGGACCAACCAUCCCCAGACGGACUGACCUCUGCCCGCCAGAACCCGCUCCUUCUCAGUAUAACCCACCAGGGGACGGGGCGGCCACUAGAAACCAAAGCUUUUUACGGACUCCGGUUCAACGGCCGCCCCACGAGGUUCUGCGCAGGGAGAGCAAUAGACUUUCUGCUCCGUCCUAUUUAGUUCGGGGACUGGGUGACGUCCCGAGAGAAUAUGGAUCCUCGUCUCAGUCCUUCUUAACAGAGAGCAAUUCUGUUCUGGAGAACGGGGAGGCCAAGUCCAGGUACUUCUGCGCAGACCCCCACUAUGAGGGGCAGAGGCGGAAAGCGCUCGGGGAGCGUGCGCACGAAGAGUACAGAUACUAUGAACACGGGGGCGAUCACGUGCAAAGGAUGCUGCACGGGCCGGGCCGACAUCCUGCAGGUAUCGGAAGGAUCGCCGCCACCUCGCUAGGAAACCUAACCAACCACAGCUCAGACGACAUGCCCCUUCCGGCCGGGUGGACGGUGGACUGGACCAUACGGGGCAGAAAGUACUACAUAGACCACAAUACCAACACUACGCAUUGGAGUCACCCCCUGGAGAGGGAAGGGCUGCCCCCCGGCUGGGAGCGAGUGGAGUCGGCAGAAUUUGGCGUUUAUUACGUGGAUCAUAUCAAUAAGCGGGCUCAGUACAGGCACCCGUGUGCGCCAAGUGUACCCCGCUACGACCAGCCCCCUCCCCUGCCUCCUCCAGUAACGUAUCAGCCGCAGCAAGUGGAAAGAAGCCAAGCGCUCCUCGUGCCUGCCAAUCCAUACCAUACGGCCGAGAUCCCAGAUUGGCUUCAAGUCUACGCCAGGGCCCCCGUGAAAUAUGACCACAUCUUGAAGUGGGAACUCUUCCAGCUGGCAGAUUUGGACACGUACCAGGGCAUGCUCAAGUUACUGUUCAUGAAAGAACUGGAGAGGAUAGUAAAACUGUACGAAGCCUAUAGACAGGCACUUAUUACCGAGGUGGAGACGCGCAAACAGAGACAGCAGUGGUACGCUCAGCACAAGAACUUCUGAGAAACCCCUUCCCCGGCGGCGUUCUCCUCCUCCGGACUGGAAACGUUCACCCUUUCUCUCUCGGUGCCUUGAUGGUUCAUUUGGACAGACCCAUGUCUACAGUAACGACUACAUAUAUAAUCCAUAAAGGGAAACUCGCAGAGUGGAAAGUUUUGUCUGACCGUUUAACAACCCCCCCAAAAAAAAAUUAUUCUGCAGGGGCACCCCCUCCAUGGGGAGACGCACACGGACACCGCUUCACGUUUUGGCAAGUCUGAGCCAAUGAUAUUAUGGUAACGAGAUUUUCAUGGAGCGUUCCACCUAUUAUUAUACAGGCAGCCAUUUCUUUUUGUAACCAUUCACUACUCAUUAGAUUCUGGUUGCUGAUGAAUUAAUAAUCUGUGCAAUAAAUGGCCUCGUGAGCCGCGUUUUAUGGCAACUACAUGGGUGACUUUGCUGCACCCGCAGGUAGUCGGCAUGACGCCAGCGACAUUGUGUUUUACGUGUGGAUUGAUAGGAAAGAGUCUCCAUCUUUCCGUGUCAUCCUGCCGAUAGUUGGAACAGUGAAGAUAUAGCUGCCAUCAGACAGGCUAGUGGGGGAGAAGGUAAGUGUAAGUGAUGGCCAACCUGCGGCUCUCCAGCUGUUGUAAAACUACAAUUCCCACUAUGCCCUGCUGUAGGCAGCCUGGGCAUGCUGGGAGUUGUAGUUUUGCAACAGCUGGAGAGCCGCAGGUUGGCCAUCCCUGGUGUAGAUGGUGCCCGUACCUGCACCCUAUGGCAGCUUACGGAUGCUUGGAGUAGCUAAUACAAAUUCAACAUAACCUUGAGAAUUUUGCAGCAAAUGGGUCUCUAUGGCCAAAGUCAAUAUGCACCAGCUUCCACAUGUGGUGCAACACAGCAAGGCCUUCUGAUGGAGGGGCUUACUGGUUCUUUCUAAGCACGCCUCACCCUAACCAAAGCUGAUGUGGAACCUUAUUUUAUACGUGUAUGUCUGAAAUGUCCCAAUCGCCUUGCAGGCUUCUUAAAGGGGGGUUUAUGCCUUUAUAAAAAUGGCUCACCAUAGGCAGAAAACCAGACGCCUCCAGGCAAGCGGGGACAGGGCGGCUGUGUAAGAGCUCAUCAUGGAUGUACGUCAAUCAUAUCCAUAGCCCCCAUUCCUCCUUGCUGCAUAGUACAGUGUAGUCCAUUGCAUGCUGCUAUACAGAAGCCUCCUCUAAAAAAAAAGUCAGAGCCUAUGGACGACAUAUGCCACCGUAUACGUCCUAAAUCCUCUUGAAGUAUACCUUCAGCUUACACACUGUGCCUGGGGGCGUAUUCACAUAGGCCAUGCCCCGGAUGGGCUCUUGCUGACCCCCUGCUAGCCCGGUGAAUGGUGCAUAGAAUCAGGACGGCAUGUAGAUGACAGCGUUGCACCCAUCCGAAUUCCUAACUCUGGGUAUGACGUAAUUAAAAUGUAAUAUUCCUUUAAAGCCUCGAGUGAGAGAUCAGACCAAAGAUGGAGACAGAGCAGAUAUCACGUCACUAGAUCUAGUGUACCGACCAACCAUCUAAUGUGUAGGGGAGCCUUCUACGGAAGGGGGGGGCUGUAUUUCAGCAUGCCCGAUCCUUUUAUUCUUGGAGAAAUAAACCGCCCCUGAGAUGUCUUUAUUUCUCUCUCCCUGUUCAGAACACACGCACGUUUCAUAGCGCGCCCAGCAUGAUGCAUAUGAGUAGAAGCGUGUAAUGUGUACGGCGUCUUUAGUUUGUGUUAUUUUUUUUUAUUCUAUGUAUGAGUCUCAUGUAACUGGAAAUGAAGCGAGAGGACGCGGCAGACUGGUCGACGUCACACAGCUGCUCCCCGUCAUGUGAAUUAUUACCAGUCCACUGUUUGAUUCUCACCUAUAACACAGAGCUGUCAAUGGUGUGUAUUUAUUAUGAGCAUCCAGCUGAAUAUACUGUAGCAUAUACUGACACUAAUUACUAUGCAGGAGGGUUUUAUAUUUAAGAAAGCACAAUGUUUUUUUUUUAACCUUUGUGUAUCCGUUACAAUCUGUGUAUUGUCUUUUAGUCCAUCCUAAUUGUGUGAAUAUUAAACUUCAC